UUCUGUGUGAACUAAGAAAACCGCUACGCAAUCUUGAGCAUAGCCUCCGGUGAGAAGUGCAACGCUGUCAUCAACUGUAUAUGGCCUCAGGUAGCAGAUAAAGUAAUCGCAAAUAGAUCUAAGAAUGAGAUGACACAACGUUUCGUUCCUUCUUCCGUCCAUCGCUGGGACAUACUGGUGGAAAAAUGGAAAAGCCACCAAGGUUACUGUCGCAUCCUCUUUUACUGAAAAACAGGGUCUAUGAAGUCACGUUAAACAGUGCGCAACUGACAUGGAAGAAGCUCCAGACAAAGAAAAAAAGCGUCUCGAGAAGCUUACACAAUUCUCGCAAACUCGGAAGCGUCUGUGUGCCCGUAUCCGAAAUCCUCGCGGUCAGAGAAGCGGAAGUGGACGGCCGGACCGAGAGCGGCGGGAGGUGGCAGAAGACGUCCCAGAGGCCCGCGGAGGCGUAUCCGUACGCAUUCACAGUGUCCUAUGUGUUGAGGGUGAAGAGGCACCGCUGGCGGUGUAGAGACGUCACCUUCCAGUGUGCGGACGCGGCGGUGCGGCAGCAGUGGGUCCAGGCCGUCAGGGAUCAGCUCUCAGCGCUGGCGGGGCGGCCGAAGCACCUGCUGGUGUACAUUAAUCCCCACGGAGGACGGAAGCAGGGGAAGCAGAUUUACGAGGAGAGGGUGGCCCCGCUCUUCUCCCGCGCCGCCGUGUCCACCUGCGUGAUUGUUACCGAGCAUGCGAAUCACGCCAGGGAUCACUUGAAGACGGAUGCAGACCUAAAGAAGUAUGACGGCGUGGUGUGCGUGGGGGGCGACGGCAUGUUCAGCGAGAUCGUCCACGGGCUGAUUGCGCGGACGCAGAGGGACGCCGGGGUGGACCAGAACCGCCGAGAGGAGAAGCUGGCGCCGUGCGCCAUCCGGAUCGGCAUCAUUCCCGCCGGGUCGACGGACUGCAUCUGCUACGCGACCGUGGGCGCCAACGACCCCGUGACCUCUGCCCUGCACAUCAUCGUGGGGGAUUCCCAGCCUCUGGACGUCUGCUCGGUGCACCAGGGCGGCAGGUUCCUGCGGUACUCCGUCUCCUUGCUGGGAUACGGUUUCUACGGCGACGUGCUGAUGGACAGCGAGAGGAAGCGGUGGAUGGGGCCGGUCAGAUACGACUUUUCGGGUCUGAAGAUGUUCCUCACGCACAAUUACUACGAGGGAACAGUGUCGUUCCUGCCAGCCACAGACGGGUCGGGGACCCCCAGGGACAAGACUACAUGCAGAGCUGGGUGCUCCAGGUGCCGGUGCAGCGGGCCGCUCGGCUCCGAGGACGGACAGGCCAGCGGGACGGGAGAAGACGUCUCCAGCGGGGAGCACGGCGGUGACUGGCGGACGAUCCGGGGGAGGUUCCUGGCGAUAAACGCGGCCAGUAUGAGCUGCGCCUGCCCCCGCAGCCCCCAGGGCCUGUCGCCCGCCGCUCACCUGGCCGACGGCACCGCCGACCUCAUCCUCGUCCGCACGUGCUCCCGAGCCAACUUCCUGCGUCACCUCAUGCGCCACACCAGCAGGGACGACCAGUUUGACCUGUCCUUCGAGUUGACCUGCUCGGCGUGGGGUGCACGCAGCGGGACGUGGCCGCACGCCCGGGCGGCCAGCGAAGGGGGUUCGGCAGUGGCCAGGCCCCAGGGGCGGCCAGCAGCAGUGGCUGCGGGCAGAUGUGCCAGCCCGCCAGCUCGACUGGGGCUACAGCCUGACUGGCGCAGACUCCCCGCCCAUCGACGUCGGGCUAGUAUUGCGCUUCACAAAAAUUAA